UUACACGCGUGCGCGAAAAGCUGCUUUUGCGCGUACGAAUGCGACUGCACACGCAUUUAAAAGCACGUGCGUCGGGUCAUCGCAAAGGCGUCGGGCUUCAUGACCCGAGAAGAGCUGCUCAGCGGAAAACAUCAGUUUACGCCUUCCUCUUCAAACGAGCUUGGAUACCUUUGACCAGUAGUGAAGAAUCGAUAUGAGGCGAAGAGUCAUACUUCUAUCUGUCGUCGCUGUCCUUACCAGCGCAGUGGCUCAGAGCCCUCCAUGGGCGCCGUCUAUUGCGCGAGCGGAGGAGCGAGUGCAAGAAUUGGCACAAAUUCUUGCUGAUGUCAAAAACGCCGUUCAGCCGAGGCAUUGCGCAGACCUUCUGCGCUCUGGUCAGAGCACGAGCUGAGUGUACACUAUAUUCCACAAGAGCGCGGGUCCGUCGGGGCAGCCGGUCUACUGCGACAUGGAUGCGGACGGCGGAGGGUGGACGGUGAUCCAGAGAAGGGGACAAUAUGGCAACAGGGUGUUUCACUUCUACCGAAACUGGACGGAGUACGCGAACGGCUUCGGGAAUCCUUCUGACGAAUAUUGGAUUGGUAACCACGCUCUCCACUCUCUGACUUCCAGUGACGAAGAGAUGGCCCUGCGCAUGGUGUUGAGCAACGAUGCGAAGGACAGCGUGUCGGUCGACUACGAAAGCGUCCGGAUUGCGUCGGAGGCCGACCUCUUCAAGAUUAAAGUAGGGACGCACCUGGGACCCGAAGGAUGGAAUGCCUUCACAGUGAAUGGCCAGAAUUUCUCAACGUUCGACCGAGACAACGACGCGUGGCCGCAGAACUGCGCGGUCACAUUCCGCGGCGCCUGGUGGUACAGCGCGUGCCAUUCGGCCAAUCUCAACGGCCUGAACCUAAACGGCCACCACGACAGCUACGCCGACGGCAUCGAAUGGAGUGCUCGAGGUGUGGGCGUCCCCGGCGUACAGUACUACUCCUACCCCAGCGCCAGCAUGAUGAUCAGACCAGCAAGUUUCCUCUUAGACAGGAGAAGCAGCAUAACAGAACCUGAAUCUUCGUAAUCCAAGACAUGUCACUGUGGUCUUAAAGUUCAUGUUGAGGUGCUCUUCGUAUAAACUAUUUUCCUGACGGGUCUCGGUGCCGCCAUAUUGGGCUGUUAAUCUUGACGUUUUGCUUCUUUAACAACUAAACGAACACGCAUGUAAACGGUUGG